AAAAAUACAACAGCCAUGGGACAGGCUGAGCCUCCGGGGCUCGGUCCCUGGGCGGGUGAGCAGGCCCUGCACGGGCCGGAGGUUUUCAUUGAAACCAGCCCCGCCCCUCGGCGGGCCCAGCCGCCAAUGGCGAGCGGCGAGCGGCGAGCGGCGGCCAAUGGGAGGAGGAGGGAGGCGGGACGAAGGAGCCGGAGCGGCGGCGGCGGAGGCGGCAGAAGCAGCAGGGCCGGGGCUGGCGGGGGAAGAGCGGCCGGCACCAUGUCGAUCAUGUCAUACAACGGCGGGGCCGUAAUGGCCAUGAAGGGGAAGAGCUGCGUGGCCAUCGCCGCGGACCGGCGGUUCGGGAUCCAGGCGCAGAUGGUGACCACGGACUUCCAGAAGAUUUUCCCCAUGGGGGAGAGGCUGUACAUCGGGCUGGCGGGGCUGGCCACCGACGUGCAGACGGUUGCCCAAAGACUGAAGUUCAGGCUGAAUCUCUACGAGCUGAAAGAAGGCAGGCAGAUCAAGCCUCAGACUUUUAUGAGCAUGGUUUCCAAUCUGCUCUAUGAGAGACGGUUUGGACCUUACUACACAGAACCAGUCAUUGCUGGACUGGACCCCAUAACACACGAACCUUUCAUCUGCUCUCUAGACCUGAUCGGCUGCCCCAUGAUAACUGACGAUUUCGUGGUCAGCGGCACCUGCUCAGAGCAGAUGUACGGCAUGUGCGAGUCCCUCUGGGAGCCUGAUAUGGAACCCGAUCACCUCUUUGAAACGAUCUCGCAGGCCAUGUUGAAUGCAGUGGACAGAGAUGCCGUAUCUGGAAUGGGCGUAGUAGUACACAUAAUUGAAAAAGACAAGAUCACUACCCGGACCCUGAAAGCUCGCAUGGACUAGCCCAGCACAACUGUGUGCGCGUUUCACAUCCCAGUCUGCUUGGAUUUUUUUUUUUAAUAAAAUUCUUUAUUGUAGUGAA